AUUCGUGGAUAAACUAAUUUUCUAGCACGAUUUUUUGCAAGCUAUUAACGAAAUUUUAUUAAAUUGUUGUUGUUGAAGGAAAAUAAAUAUUUAAAAUGGCAGCCUCACCGCCCAUACGCACUAAUUGGCAUCCAAACAUGAAGCACAGCGAAGUGGAACGUUGGAUUUGCAUAUAUCCUGCCUACAUUAACAGCAAAAAGACGCGUCAGGAGGGUCGCCGACUACCCAAAGAGAACUGUGUUGAGAAUCCCACCUACAUAGAGAUUCGAGACGUGCUCUCCGUGUCCAACUUGCACUUUGCCGUGGAGAACAAACAGUACAGCCGUGAAAGGAGCAGGGAACUUCAGUUCCGUGGACGCAUACGCGUACAGCUUCGCAAUGCCGACGGAACGUUGUGCAACGGAGAAUUCGCCACACGUGAGUCCAUCAUGCAUCAUGUUGCCAGCAGAAUUCCACAACUAAAGACGCGUCAAAACAAGCCCAGUGGCGAAACUUUUCAUCAGCAACAGCCGCAGCAGCAGCCAAGCACUGGAGCUGGUGGCGGAGGUGGUGGCAAAAAGGGCAAGGGCAAGCGCCGAUAAAUUAUUAGUUGUUUUUCUUUAUUUGGGUCUUGAAAUGCAUUAAUUUUUCAGUAAAUUUGUAUAAAAAUUAAAAUUAUAUCUUUGCUCUUGUAGAGUUUAGAGUGCAACAAAAA